GGGCGGGAGGGGAAGGAGGGCAGGCGGCGGGCGGCGGGCAGAGGGCGCCAAGGAAAGCAAUGUUUGCACGGGAGUGAGAGGCUGGUGUAUAUAAGGCCGCGCGGCGCGCAGUGCCCCACACUCUUCUCCAGCAUGAAGCUCCUGGUUUUCUUUUCGGCUUCCUUGGCGCUCGUCGCCGCUGACGUCGGCUACAGUAGCGGCGCGCCCUCCGGGGCCAGCUUCAGCCACGGCGGGUCUGGCGGCGGCGGCUUCGGCGGCGGCAGCUUCGGCGGAGGAGGUGGCUUCGGUGGAGGCAUCUCCGGGGGUGGAGGUUACGGAGGCGGCGUCGGUGGAGGAUCCUGCGGAUCCGGCCAGGUGCGUCAUGUGGAUGGUUCCUGCAUCACACCCCAGGUGACCCGCAACCUGUACGUGUACCGCGCCCCCGACGUGGCUCCCAUCGUCGGCCCGCGCCCCAGCGUGCCGGCUCCCCGCGUUGAGCAUAACAUCGUGUUCAUCCACACUCCCGAGUCUCUGCUCAGCCAGAAGCCCGUGGUGAUUCCGCCACCACAGCAGAAGAAUGUUGUGUAUCUGCUCAGCAAGCGGCCUCAGCAGAGCCAGCAGGUCAUCGAGGUGCCAGCAGGCGAGCAGCAGGCGCCGGAGAUCUUCUUCGUCAACUACGCCGAGGGAGAAAACCCAUCACUGCCCACUGGCGGCGACCUGCGCUCCGCCCUCAGCCAGGCCCUGCAGGGCAGCGCCGGCGGUGUCAUUGGCGGCGGCGGUGUUGGUGGAGGAAUUGGUGGCGGCAUCGGUGGCGGCAUCGGUGGCGGCAUCGGUGGCGGCAUCGGCGGCGGCAUCGGCGGCGGCAUCGGCGGCGGUAUUGGCGGCGGCAUUGGCGGCGGUAUCGGUGGAGUCAGCGGCGAGUACGGCCAGCCAGCCGUGUCCCAGCCCUCCGGCGUGUACGGCCAGCCCUAAGCCCCCCACACACUCUACUCAACAAGCAAUAUUUAUGUCCUUCCUUCCCUCAAGCCUACAGACACUAUUUAUGGUUGCCUUGGAGACCCGCCUUGAACCCUUAUGAUCCAAGCUUAAUGUAUCACUAUUUUUAAAAAUUUUAUAAAUAAUAAGUUAGACUGGAA